UUAAAAAAAUCGAGUGUUACGUAGAUAAUUAAUUAGGUGCCAUAUAGAUAUUUUAAUUAAUUAAUUAUUCAUAUAUACAACUCCAUCCAAAAUCAAAACUCUAAUAAUUUAAAAAAUAAAUCUAAAAUAAACCUAUUUUGAUAGUUCUUCUACUUAAUAUGAUUGUUAAAAAUAAAUUCAUACAAAUCAUACCUGAAAAAAGUUCAAUUAAAACAAAUAUAUACAAAAUCAAAACAAAAAUGACAUAAAUAAAAUUAUAAAAAGUAUAAUAAAACCGAAAAGAAUAAAAUAACUUAAUUAAAAAUAAAAAUAAAAAUAAAAAUAAAAAUACGAUGAAGGGAUGAAGUGAAGAAGACGCGGUUGCGGUGUGCCUCAACAUUGGUCAAGAAAACAAAUGCGCACAAAACAAAUUUGUUUUCAAAUUAUAAGAAAGAGAUAAAUAAGAGCAUUUGACGAGGAAAGCUUUCCUGUGUUCAAUGAAUGUGCUACUUGCAAGCUUUUUAUGUACAGGGGAGCCACAAAGACAAAGGGCAAUGAUAUUGAUGUCGACUAAAUCCGAUCACCGUCCAAGAUUUUAACCAACUAAACUUACGUUAUAAUCCAUUGCUUGCAAAUUGAAGUUCAACAAAAAAUGCCAAUUGCCAAUUGCCAAUUGCCAAUAUCAAUCAAUGAAAAUAGCAAAAAUCCCAAAAUUGAUCGACCAACAGCACCAAAUUAACAGCAACAUUCCAAAUAACCUAAUUGUCAGUAACACCUAGCAAGACCAAGACGCUCCAGAACUCGCUGCUGAGGUUGGGUAAUAUUGGAAGCUUUAACAUCAUAGAGCAACCACCUUCAAAUCCAAGCUCUCACACUCUUCAAACGGCUUCAAUUUUGGAAGUCCGGAACAGCUAAAAGCCCCGACCAACAACCCGUUUAACGUUGGAGACCAGCAGAACAGAGAGUGAGAUGCCAUUGACACCUUCCAUUGAUUUUAGUGUCAGCUCAUCAUCUUCGAAUUGACGGCGGUGAUGUUGAUGAUGAAUUGAUGAUUAUGGGAAGUAUGUGGAGGUUUGCAUAAUCGCACACUUGAUUGAAUUGAGUUAGGGUCAAAUCUCAAGUUUGGGAUUGAAAUUGGAGGUUGGCGGUGGUGGGAAUUCAAGUUAACGGUUAAGUUUUUUUUUUUUUUUCUUCUUCUGGGUGAUGGUUAUUCUCAGUGACGGAAGAAGGAGGCGGUGGAAGGUCUAGGGUUUUCAUGAGUUGAUAACGACAAAGAGAAUAAUUUCAGCGAUGAGGGUAUCAUAAUUUCAUGAGUUGGUGGGGAACUCACUUUGUGACUCAAGUUCGAGCCCCAUCAUCUGCGAAAUGCUUGUGAGUGGCUCUUCUAGGUGCUAGGUGCUGGUUCAGUUAGGGUCUAUUCUUCUUACCUAUUAAAAAAAAAAAAAAUGUUUGUAUAUUAUUUUAAUAAAAAUAUUGAAUUUAUAUAAAUUGAUAAAUCAGUAUUUUAUUUUUCUUAAAACUUUAUCUAUUUUUAUCUUAAAAUAUUAUAAAGUGAAUUUUAUCUUUUUAUCAUAUUUAUCUAUUUACUAUAUUAAAAUAUUCAAUUUUUAUGACUGGAUUUUUCUACGUGGACACUCUCAAAAAUCCCCUUUAUAUAUAUACAAGAUUUUUAUCUUUUUCUCCAAGCAAGGUCGUGUUUAUUUGUUCAUUCAUAUACGAUUAUACUCCGUAUUAUAAUUUACACUAAAUUUUUUUCUCUACAAACAUCAAACAAGAUAACAAUGGCUACCCCACCUAAACAAAAUUGGACCGGGCCUGCUCAGCGUUGCGCUAAGCCUGGCGGCUUCCUUUAUACAGCUCUACCUUUGGCUGUCGCAGUAUUUGGCUACUUUUGGUUGGACAAGAAGAUAACAGAAAGGGAAAAGUUGGAAAGGGAGGAGAUGAGGACAGAGAUAAGACAGGAGUUUGAAGGGGAACUUGAAACAGAAGUACUAAAAGAAAAGAUAAAAGAAGUUGGCAUGAAGGUCCAAAGAGAAAUGAUCAAAGAAGCUAGCUCGAAUUUCGAAAACGAAAUGAUCACAAGCCAAUUGAUGCUGGAGCAUCACCAGAAAAAAGUAAUUGAAGCAGAGGUCUGGAGACAGAUGAUGCUGCAUAAAAAACAAAUUGAAGCAGAGGUCAAAAGAGAAAUAACAAUGUUGAAGCAAAAGCAACAAACAGAAGUUGUAGCAGAGGUUCGAAAGCAGAUGAUGCUGCAGCAAAACCAACAGAAGACAUUGAUCAUACAUGGAGCUGAUAAAGCACCCACAGGAGUAACAUGGUGGAAGGCUUUUACCAGAUCACUUCUCCUCGACUAUUAAGUAACUUGUUGGUAGUAGCAGUUAAUCAGUUAUAGUUAGUUAGAUCAUUGGUAAUUUAAGUAUACGACUGAUUAACUGAAUCUUUGAACAAUUUGCUCAACAAAGUUCUAGGACAUCUUGUUCCCUGUUAGUUUCAGAAUAAUUAGGCAAAUACAGUGUUUCAGUUGAGAAUC